AUUCUGUUUAUUUCCUCAUUCCGCACUCUUCCGGUUUCGUGUCUCUCCCCUUCCUUUCUCUCUCUCUCUUCUGGUCUUUGAUUUGUUCCGAGUGUUUUGACCUAACAACCGAGCUUCUUCAAUGGAGUUCAGCUGAUCGAUUUGUGUUCGUGAUUUCUUCGUAGAUUUGAUUUUACUGGUUUUGAUUUUGAAGGAGGAGAGUAACUCGGAUUCAAUCUCUAGUUUGCUCGUAAUCUCCGCAUCUACUGCUCGCAUUCUGCUAGGGUUUUGCGGAUAUGAAGUCAUCGUUGGGGAGGCUGCGGAAAUUUGCGCUUCAUAAGAGCGAUGGGAAGGAGAAGAGAGAGUACCAAGCUUCGGCGCACUUGGAUGAGCUCGCUCAGGCUGCGCGGGACAUGCACGACAUGAGAAACUGCUAUGAUAGCUUACUUUCUGCAGCUGCUGCAACAGCCAACAGUGCAUAUGAAUUUUCAGAGUCAUUGCGGGAAAUGGGUGCUUGUCUACAUGAGAAAACUGCAUUAAAUGAUGACGAGGAAACUGGCAGAGUUUUGUUGAAGCUGGGACAAGUGCAGUUUGAACUCCAGAAACUUGUUGAUAGCUAUCGCUCACAUAUAUUCAUGACAAUCACAACUCCGUCUGAGUCUCUUCUCAAUGAACUUCGGACCGUGGAGGAGAUGAAGCGGCAAUGUGAUGAAAAGAGGAUUGUUUAUGAACACAUGACGGCACAACAGAGAGAUAAAGGAAAAUUAAAAAGUGGAAAGGGGGAAAGUGUUACUUUACAGCAAUUGCAAGCAGCUCAUGAGGAAUAUGAUGAUGAGGCAACUCUAUUUGUGUUUCGGCUAAAAUCUCUUAAGCAAGGGCAGUCUCGAAGUCUUUUAACUCAGGCAGCUCGUCAUCAUGCAGCCCAGUUAAAUUUCUUUCGGAAGGGACUUCAAUCCCUCGAGGCAGCUGAACCACUUGUAAGAAUUGUUACAGAACAGCAGCAUAUUGAAUACCAGUUCAGUGGGCUUGAAGAUGAUGAUGGUGAAGGGGGGGAAUAUGAUGAUGAAAAUGACUAUGACACUAAUGAAGAUGGGGAAUUAAGUUUUGAUUACAGACAAAAUAAACAGGGGUUUGAUGUUGUUUCCACAUCGAGGAAUUCAAUGGAGUUGGAGCAGUCGGAUGUAUCAUUUCGUCAAGCUUCCACAGUGGAAGAUGCAGAGGUACAUCUAGACAAAACCCAUGGUGAUUACUAUGCAUUUGGUCGGGACUAUAAAACUGGCAGCCAUUCAGCCCCAAUAUUUGCGGAAAAGAUUGAUACCACAGAAAGGACAAGACAAAUGCAGCCAUCACCAGCUAGGAAGUUUCACACAUACGUGCUGCCCACUCCAGCUGAUGCAAAGAGCUCAAUUCCUGCAAGGUCAAGCUAUUCAGCUCCACGUACAAGGCCAACAGGCUACGGUGGACACACGCACAAUUUGUGGCACUCCACCCCAUUAGAACUGAAAAGGCAUGAAAAAGAUUCUGGAGAUGAUGACCUCUCGGGCCAUAUUUUCUUAAAAGGACAGUCAGUACUAAAAGAGAGCAACAGCAAUAACUCCCCAUUCCAACUACCCCCUCCUUUAACGGAGGGUCAUCCACUUCAGCAGCUUGAUGGGCAAAAUGCAUCUGGUUCUAAAAAGAUCAAAAGACAAGCAUUUUCAGGUCCAUUAUCAAGUAAGCCAUCAUUGACAAAGCCUGUUUUAUCUGCUAGUGGCCCCAUUGCCUCUUCAGAGCUUCCCCAACUUGUUUCUGGAUUGCUUUCGCGUGUUCCAGUUCACCCUUCUUCAUCUCCGAGAGUUUCUCCAUCAGCUUCCCCUCCUCUGGUGUCUUCACCCAAAAUAAGUGAGCUUCAUGAGCUUCCCAGGCCACCUGGCAUAUCAGCCACCAAGGCAGCAAGAUCUCCCAGCUUGGUUGGUCACUCUGCCCCCUUAGCCUACAGGAGUCCAGAGCUUUCUAUGACAAAUAAAGUCUCUCCAGUGGUGUCAAAUGCAGCUUCUCCACUUCCCACUCCACCGUUGGCUGUCCCUCGAAGUUUUUCCAUACCAUCAAGGAGUCAGAGAGCAGCAGCAUUUCAAGUAGCGCAAAUUCCUCGCAAGUCUGAGGAAGCUGCUUCACCUCCACUGACACCUUUAUCCCUUACAAACAUGAAACCAGAAUCAACUGUCUUUGAACUUGCAUCACAGUCUGGUCAAAGAAGAGGUGGAAGCUGACUUGCAUGAGCAUUCGGUGAAGAUACGAUUCUUUGUUUUGGGUCUGUUGGGCAGGAACUGUUUCUGAUCAUCAUCAUCAUCUUUGUGGUAUUAUGGUAGGCACAGGUCUGUAUAUACUAUGUAUUAGUUUGGUUUCUCAUCUCAAUCUUUGUUCAUUGUUUGGUACUGAUUAGGAUGAGAGCUCAAGUCUCAACACAAUUGUGUACAUCCUCGAAUGAGAAAUUUUGUUGUCUGAGGAAUCAAAAAUCAAGUGAGGAUUUUUCAUUUUAUAGACUCUGGCAAAUGGCUUGAAUAAUUGAUCCCUUCUCAUUUUUGCAUAUUUAUCAUAAAGGGUAAAAGAAUGUAACAUUACAAUUUUGCUAGUUUGUAUCAGCUCUCUGAAGUACCCAUUUCGAGCA